UAUCAGUGCAGCAUAACUAUCAGUGCAGCAUCACUAUCAGUGCAGCAUCAAUAUAAGUGCAGCAUUACUAUCAGUGCAGCAUCACUAUCAGUGCAGCAUCACUAUCAGUGCAGCAUCAUUACUAGUGCAUCACUUCGUCUGUCCUAGGAUACCCUGGCUCACUGCUGCUCCGUGCCACCCACCACCCUCACCACCAUCAUCCCCCACAGGCCGUCAUACCAUCAUACCUAUUCUUCUGCCUUGUCAGCAUUUUAUUGCUUCGUGCAUUCCAUUUCUAUUCUCCUUUAAUAUAUUUAUUAUUCGUUUUAAUAUCACUCCCUCCGUUUUGCUUCUCUUACCAUAGUUUUUCAUUUACAAAACCUUCCGAAUCUCUUUGAAAAUCGUACAAUUUUUUCUUGCAAAAUGCUUUAGUUCAUUAAGAAUAUCUCGGCAAGGUUUACCUUGAAAUAUCAUUGUUCUCUGUACGCUCGAUGUUGCGUUGCCGCUGUUCGCUGCUGUGUCUUGCAUGUCCUUACAUCCCUUCACUCCUCCCGCAGUUGUAUUCCUCUUGUUAUAUUUUAACGAGAUCCAAAACCUCAAUGUUGGGGAACUGAUGUGACCACCAACACACUUCCCUUCCGCUGUACCCUUCCCCCCCUUCGACGUCAUCUUCCUCUGUCCAUCCCGCCCAUUUUUUACCUGCCAAUCUCAUCACUUUCUGUACUUUGGCUGCAUUAUUUCCAUUGAUGUAUAAUUUUUAAUAUCUCAACGAACCAUUUAUUUGUAACAACUUUCGUUUGCACUGUAGAACUUACAUAGAUAUUUUUUAGUUAUCUUUUAUUUAUUUUGCAUGUCAUGUUUGUACGUUUAUAAUUUGAUUGUCUCGCCCAUCCCUCGGACGUGAGGCGUGCAGAGAACUAGAACAUCAAGUGAUAUAAAGCGCUGGCUCAAGGCCCCAUAAGAUGCCGAGCCCUCGCUCGUGAAGUGGGCUAAGUAGCACACGUUGGUAUGGCGCGCCGAGGGGAGUGUGGUCGCCAGGUGGUGGUGUCGGUGGUGGGUGUGUCUGGCGGAGAGCGGGAGAAGGGCGUCACUGGAGUAGGCAAGUCCUGCCUCUGCAAUAGGUUCAUCAGACCUCAGGCUGACAACUACCAUGUCGACCACAUCUCCGUCCUCUCGCAGACGGACUUCAGCGGGCGUGUGGUGAACAACGACCACUUCCUGUACUGGGGCGAGACGACGCGCGUGUCAGAGGACGCGGUCGAGUACAACUUCCAAGUGAUCGAGCAGACUGAGUUCAUUGACGACGCUUCAUUCAUGCCUUUCAAAGCGGGCAAGAUGGACCCGUACAUCAAGCGCUGCUGUCAGACCAAGAUUACCUCCGCUGAGAAGCUCAUGUACAUUUGUAAAAACCAACUUGGAAUAGAGAGGGAAUACGAGCAGAAGGUGCUGCCCGACGGCAAGCUCAACGUGGACGGAUUCCUGUGUAUAUUUGACGUGUCGCCGGUGCCUAACCGGUCCCUGGAGAAGAUGGUUGAGCUUACGGCGUCCAUAUUGAAUAAUUGCGUCAAGACCAAGCGACCUGUCGUCCUCGUCACCACCAAGAACGACGAGGCAAACGAGAUUUACGUGAAGGAGGCAGAGAAGUUGGCGAGCCGCAAGGAGUUCAAGGGGAACAUCCCGCUGGUGGAGACGUCGUCGCACGAGACCGUGAACGUGGAGACGGCGUUCAUGACGGUGGCGCAGCUGGUGGAGCGCAACCGAGGGCGCGUCAGGAUCCUGCCGUACUAUGAGGCGGCCCGACACAGGAAGGAGAUGAUUGAUGUCGCUACUGACGGGUACCUACGUCUGGUCAGGUCCAGCGUCACUGACUACAGGGCGCUGUGGUCGAGCUCGAGCAAGAAGCUGAGCCAAAGCCCCGACUUUGUGAUCUUCGUCGACCUCAUGGGGCUGGACUGCGCCGCUAAGCUCUUCAGGAGGCACACGAGGAAGCUCAAGGAUGAGUUCCUGCAGAGGAAGGUUGAGUCCUACAUGGACCUCCUGCCCUCCAUCCUCAGGGAGUUCUUCCCCAACCUCAGGAGCUUGCAAGACGGGGAAUGGUUAACCAUCCAGCAACGGAUCAGCGAACACCCUGACUUUGAACGAUACUUCCUACGGUGUCACGAAGACCUGCCCUGGACUGAGAACCUGGAGCUGCUCGACUCGGCCGACUCGAGGAUCCCGUUUGAUGUUCUGGACUCGAACGAGGCAGAGACUGUAUAUAAGAACCAUGUGAACGCUCUGCAGGCCGAGCUUGAGAUGAGGGACCGGCUCCCCAAGAGGAUGCGUGACCGGUUCAAGCAGCUGCUGGAGGAGACGGGCUACGUGACGGCAGGCAAGCGGCUGGACGAAGUACGCGUGCUGUUCAUGGGCCGCGAGAGCUUCGACAGCCUCACGGAGCAUGACCGCCAGAUCAUCUACGACCAACACCAGAAAGAGAUCACUGAGAAGGCCCGCGCCAACUACAUGGAGCUUCUGUUGGAGCACGCUGAGCUGUUCAACCAUUUCAAGUCCGUGGCGCCUAACGGCAGCGUUACGCAAGAGGACGUGCGUGACAUCACGCAGGCCCUCAACACAGACAGCAGACACAAAGCCCUGGACCGACUAGACGGUGAGCGCACGCUGCUGCUCCUGCAGCACUUGGGCUUCAUCCACUGCCCCAAGCCCGAGCACUGCCCCGCCUACCCCAACUGCACCGACACGCUCGUCAAUAAGAUCCUCGCUGCCAGGCAUGCCGCGCGUCCCAACUCUUGGUCUGGUAAGAGCGUCGGCUCGGGCUGCUCUCCCGUAGACCGUCACAUCAACCUGGUGCUGCUGGGCAAAGAUGGUCUCGCUCAGACCCUGCAUGCUGCUAUCAGGGCCGAGUUUGCUGGAGAUGAAGUUGAGGUCGAGGGCGAAGUUUACUGCCUGGACUACCGGACGAUCGAGGGCGACGUCACACAGCCACAGAACGCCUUCGCCACGCCAGACUUCUCCCCUCACGGUGUGGUGUGCGUGUACAGCACCAGUGCAGGACUGGACUACCUGCGUGCCUCCCUGGAGCAUCAGCUACUGGGGCAGCUGGAGCGUGACGAGGCCGCCCCCACCACCGCCAUCCUCUACGCCCCCCACCCCUCCCUGGACCAGCUCACCCAGCAUGCCCUGCAUCAGGAGGGCACCAGUCUCGCUCAGAGUUUGCAGUGCAGUUUCGUGGACGCUGGCUCAGCGAGUGAGACUGGGGACGGUAAUGCUCGCGAGGACGGCGAGGGCGACGUGACUGGCGAAGGUAGUCAAGAACUCGACCGCAGUAUCGUCAACAGAAGCAUCAGGAAGCUCGUGACGAGCAUACAUCACCGCACCACGUCACUCUCUCUCUUCCAGUCCGUCACGCUGCAGGCGCAGGCUUGCCCUGAUAUCAGGGUUAUCAUGUGUGUGCUGUGUGGGGACCCAUAUUCUUUGGAGGCGGUUCUCAAUCCCCUGCUCUCGAGUCCUCUCUGUGUCCCUGCCGGCGAUCGUACUCUGCAAAUCCACUCUUUCCUUGACGAGAGCAAGCGUGUUGUGGAGGUGUGCGUGUCAUCAUAUCACGGAGCGCUGGCCUUCAGAGAGGAGCUGGUGCAUGGCUUUAUUCUCGUCUACAGUGCGAAGAGAAGGGCUUCUCUAGCAGCUCUUAAAGCCUUCUCUGCCAACAUCCCAAACCUCCCUAUCCAGGUACUAGCAGUCACAGAGUCAGGGUCUGCGUCUGCAUUCUUCGGGUCUGAGGUGACGCAGCAGCUGAUGACGGAGGGCAACGCUGUCGCUGACCGUCUGCAGGCCCACUACACAACCACCAACGCCUCUCCUCACCAAACAUCUACGACGUUCACCCCCUUCUUCAAGGAGGUCUGGGACAAGAAACCUGAAAUAGAGCAAGCCUUCAACAUGGAGGAUCCCUCAGGACUAGAAGACAGCGGGGAAGGCACUCUGGAGAGACCAGGCCCUGCGGUGCGUCUGGUGGGGCGCGGCGGCUCGGCCUUCACGCCCGUCAGACGCUCCAGGGCCGCGCUGCCGCCGCGCUCACACUCCGCUGAGGGGUCAGAGAUAUACGAGAGCGUCCCUCCGGGAUGUGAGGCGUUCGGUGGCUCGCUUGGGGACGACCUGGACGAACCUCUAUCCCCCUCACUGGGGGGCGUGUAUGGUGGGGAUGAUGUGUACCCCGGAGGACGGCACCCCGCUCACGCCCACUACGGGUUCAGUGGGAGUGCAGCGGGGAGGGCAGUGGCAGGAGUUGGGGGGAGUGUGGGGAGCAGCAGCACCCAACACCUCACGCCCUCCGACGACUCUGACAUCUACAGCCACAUCGACAACGAGGACGACGAGCAGCAGCUCGUGAAGCCUUCGCAGCUCAAGAAGCAGAGGCGCUUCCAGCAAGACUCGGACCGCUGCACAUUUCCUAGCACAGAGUCUCUGCCCACGAGCAUAUCAUCUCCCCGCGUCAAACUCGUGCCCACUCCUGAACAAACCUACCAGAAUGCGGCCAUCGCACGCACCAACGUUCCUCGCACUCCUAAAGCUAAACGCAGCAAUUCUACUUGCUCAUCACCUCCAGCGUCCAGCAUCACUGCUCACUCCGCGUCGUCGCUGUACAAGCAGUCCUCUUCAACAUCAACCUCGUCACCGCCCAUGCACAAGGCCGCGUCCCAGCAGAUCGCCCGGGAGCAUUCGUUUGACGGGAGUCUGGCCAAUCGUCACGGCGCGAGUUUUCGGCGGCGUGGCAGCGCCACCAACGGCUCCGUGUCUGCCUCUAGUACCGCCCUAAGAGGAAACAGGAACGGCGGAGGUACUCUUGCUGGUCUCCUCAUGGGGGGAUUGGAUCUUAUCCCCUCUGAUAACCCUCCGCCUGUACCGCCGCCUCUCAAUCUUGCGCAGCUGCCUCCUUUCCCCAAGACUCCUCUUCCUCCCCUGCCACAAAAGGACCAGAAGGAGGCAACUCGAGGAGACGCGGGCGUGCAAGAGGACAAGCCUCAGCCUCAGCCUGCUCCCCGCAGACAAUUCCUUAAGUCGGAGAGCGUCGAGACCGGCAUCGGUUCAGGGAGCGGUAGCAGCAACAGCAGCAGUCGCUCCAACACCAACAACAAAGCUGGCGACACUGGCACCAUCAGCAGCACCAAGAGCUGCAAUGACGAUGUCGUUGUUACGGUUGACACUGUCGACCAGAGCAGCGCAGGCACCCCCACCGUCGCUGGUGGUGGAGGCGGUGGUGGCAGUAGUGGUAGUGGUGGAGGCAGCAGUGUUGGAGGCUUGCAAGUGUACCCUCCACCCACCACUCCUCCUGAACCUGCGCCUCCCGACCGUGAGAGUACAGAGAGCGGAGGAGGUGCUGCAGGUCGCGCUGCAGCUGCAGCAGCAGCUGCUGCUCACCACAUGCAGCAGCGACGCCUGGUUAAGGCUACCACGCUGCCUGCGCCCACAUUUCAUACCACCGCUUCUAGGACCUCACUAGAGGACCUCACGUCAGAUCUCAGCGGGUCCCGAGAGUCGCUCACAACUCGGGACUCAGGAACAGCACCUGACAACUUUCCUCGCUGGGUAGACGAUUCUGCUCUUGGUGGGGGUCGUAAGACGACUGAGGAGUACUGGGUGGGGCCUGGGGCUGCUGGGGACCGGGGACCUUCAACUGGGGGAGCUUACCAACCUCACUCGUCCACCACGGGCAGAAGAGGCAGACUCCCACCCCCACCAACUCGUGUCAAGCCCAAGUCAUCCCAUACCCUGAAGACGUUCCUGUCGCUGAGCGAUGCCGUGUCCCAAGUCACAAACAAGCAACCUGGCAAACUAAACCUUAAGGCGUAUAGCAACGUAACAGACGCCCUUAGCAAACUAGCUGUAGGAGACGGAGUCACGCCUACGCGCCUCCUCACCAAAGCCGCCAUCGACUCAGCCGACUCCAACGCUCCUCUUGCUACUCCUGAGAGUGCCGAGGACUUGGGCGGGGACUAUUCACAGGUGAAGGACGCGGUGCCUGGGCUGUACCCUGACGCAGGCGCGGCAGGAGAGUUUGCGUACGCGCGCGUCCCCGAGCUGUCGCAGGCUGCCAGCGCUAAGGCGCGACAGCGGCAGCGUCGGGAGAAGCAGCAAGGAGCCUCGACGAGCGCGUGCAGUGACUCAGACUCUGACUGGAGUUCGCUGGAGCGCCGCCGUAACGCCGACUCCUCUCGUAAAGGCGUCCCCAAGCGCGUCAAAAAGAAACGCAUCCCCAUCCCUGUUGCCACUCCCCGUGUCCCGGGUCCCCCACGCGUCCCUCCUCUGCCUGGGUCAAUGUUCACCGCAGAUGUUGGGAUGUUUGGGGCUGCGGGGGCGCUCGGCGACGAUAGCAAACCUCUCCUACUCGAUCAACCCGAAAAAGGGUCACGCUCAGGAGAGUCCUCAGAAGAGAGUGAUGGAGAACAGAGCCAGCUGCCCAACGAGCCGCUGCUGCCCCCGCCCAACACAGCUGGCCUUCAAAAGAAAGGUUUUCAGUUUAAGAGCAAGACUGGCAGAGAAGGAGUAGCUGUGCGUCCUCCGGUGGUUCCCUUUGCCCCUUCCGUCCGUUCUAAUUCUUCUUCCUCCCCUCACAACCCUUCCUCCCUCAUGGGGAGGGGGAUGGCAGUAUCUUCCCCACGACCACCCUUCCAGCUCACCCCUGACUCAGAUGUCAGCUCCCCGCUGUGUCGUGGGGAGGGACCAGAUGGUGGGAGUUACUUCCCCGACGACUCCAGCAUGGACAUGCCGUCCCCUCGUGACAUGCAGAGCCCCAACCCCGGGGGAGGCCAGCCCGCUCUCCCCAACCAGACGUCGGUGCUGCAAGACAAGAAUGCACGCAAGAAGCAAGAAAAGCUGAGGAACAAAGAAGAAGCUCGGAUCAGAGAGGAUGAGAAGAAAAGAGUCAAAGAAGAGGAGAAGGCCAAGAAGAAAGAACGCGAGAACAAAAAGAAAUCAGCAAAGAGCGGUGGCAAGGGCGGCGCCCCUAAGCCCGUCGCGAACUGGGAGGAGUUCAUCCAGAGCCCUGACCAUCCAGUGCCGCUCUUCGUGGACAAAUGCGUUCAGUUCAUCGAACUCGAGGGGCUCGACUCGGAGGGCAUCUACCGAGUGCCGGGCAACAAGAUUCACGUGGAACACCUCAGCACCAAAUAUAAAGAAGACUCGAGCGUAGACUUCGCGACCCUGGACGUGCCUGUGAACGCCGCGGCGACGGCGCUCAAGGAUUACCUCAAGCAGCUGCCGCCGCUGCUGCCACCUGGCAAGAUGGAGCAGCUCACCGCCAUUGCAGCUUCACCCCUUCCAGGCCAGGGAGACCGCAGCUGUCGCCUGCUCAAGCUCAAAGAGCUUCUCACAGAACUGCCUUCACUCAACUUCCUUAUCAUCAAGUUCAUCUUUCAACAUUUCGUCAGAGUGGCGGAGCACAGUAAACUCAACUCCAUGGACAGCAAAAAUCUCGCCAUCUGUUGGUGGCCAACUCUGUUCCACACGCUCCAGUUCACAGACAUAGUAGAGUUUGAAAGCCUCAGACCACACAUAGAAGACAUCGUACAGACAAUGAUCGACCAGUUUCCUUUCCUCUUUCAAGGCAAGGAAGACUACGUCAUGGUCUGAUUCAAGAUUCAUGAAUUGCAGUUUCUUCGGAGAACUUCUGGCCGAGAAAAACUGCCAUUUAUUUUUAAAACUUUUUUUCCUAAUUUAACCUGUUAUUUUCAUUUUAUACUGCGUCGUGAAAACUCUCGGUGGAGUUAUAUUCCAGUAAAUGGAGCCUAAAGCCAGUUAUUUCAGCUCGAGUUGAUUAAACAAUAAUGUCAUUAUUUAGAAAAUAAAUACUUUGAAUACUCAUUUUUUCAUGUUAUAAUUCCAUUACCAAGUCAUUACAUAUCCCAUUUGUUGGAGGCAGCUUCAACGACAUGAUUUCUUUACACUAAAGAAAGAAAUAUUGGAAAUCCAGGCUGCAAUCUCGGUAAUGCAUUCUAGAGACUGGGUAGAAUCCCUGAAAGCAACUGAUGAACAAUAAUGUAAUGUUAUGUGGUCUUAUUGAUUUGACACAAUAGCUUAGGUGACCGCAGAAUCUCGUUUCUUGUUAACGGGUUAGCCCGAUUUUUUUACGAUUUUUUUAUCCAUCUUAACAUUAUUUUUACUGGAGAAACUUGGCACGGUCAAUGUCCCUCACUUGUGUGCACUCAAUCAUUUAGCUGUGAAAUGGUUCUUCUGAUGUCAGAUUCGAAUAAGUGAUAGCUGUUCAUUCCAGGACGUGUAAUGUGUAAGGAACGAUAAGCUAAGAUUACUUUAGAGGUGCAUUGGUGGCUGCUGGUGAUGGCAGCUGCUGGGUCUUGCCUCAGCUUUGUACCUGAGUCGAAUUAUGCCGCCACGUGUUGCUGUCGCCUCAUGGAAUGUCUGCGAGGACCUCAUGUGUAGCGACUUGCUUAUUGCACGUCAUUGAUCUUUCUUAAGUUUCCUGUAGCUUGGAGGUAAUGAUUCAACGUAAUUUUCAUCCCGAAGAUAAAGUGGCCAAAGUGUAGCCACUUACAACGGAAUGUUGUACUUAACUAUCAAGAUUAAGAAUAAUUGAUUAAUUGAACUUUCAGUAAUGAACGGAGCAUUGAAAUUUUUUAUUUCAUCUUCCAAUAUUUUGUCGCAUAGCUUGCACACAUCGAAUGCACUCAAUCAUCAAAAUUGUAUCCGUCCCAUUCGACUUCUGACGAGUAUGCACAGUUGUUCAUUGUUUUUACGUCUCUUCUUUUUGUUGAUAGUAGGAGGAGAUAAUUUACCGUUGCACAUAUUACAACUCCGUCAGCUCGGUGAUUUGACGUAUAUUAUUUCCGAGACUUCUGUCGUAUAAAUGAGAAAUCUAUGCCCUUAUCCGUUCCAUUUGCAAUUUUCUAAUAUUUGGUUAUUGUUGUUUAGACUGAACUUGUGUGCUCAUGCCAUGAUAUUUCUCUUAUCCAGCUAGGCUAAAAAUUUUCAGGCAGGGCAAUCAAUUCGUUAUAACUUUCUCAUCUUAAUUAUUUAAUCGCAAUCCCUUACACUGAUAGGUGACUUACAUUAAUGAGUUUGUAUUGAGCUUUCAAUCGAAAUUUAUUAAAAGCUCAAAUGCAGCUUUUUUAAGUUCAGAUUCGUCUUGUUAGUUGUCACAUUAGCUUAAGGCGAAUGCCAUCAACAGUAUUUUUGUGCCGAGCAAGAAGUGUUCUGUGACUGGCCGUUUUAUGGAACCAUGACGCCUGCAGAGAGAGCAGCUUUUCGAUAUUAUAAAUUGAGAUGUUGUCGCACAAUGACAAAUUUUGUCGCAUUUUAGUCUGGACGUUCAUGUCGUAUGUCUUUUAUAUAAGGUAUUAUUUGUGCACAAAGACUUGAAGCCAUUUGACAGUUAUUGUCAUUGAUAUUUGGUCAAGGUUCAGUUUUUUGUCCAUUCUGAUUGUUUGGACGUUCUUGGUUCAUUGCCGUAAAAAAACUAAAUAGGCGUAGUCCUUGUGACUUGAGAUGUCUCAUCUCAAUACACAACUUAACUCGACAAGAGGUUAGUUAGCUUCAGUGCAAGCGACAUUGAUAGAGCGUCAUCGAGGCAAACCUAACAAGUUAUUCAUACGAUGACCAGGUGCUAGACAUUAUCUGAUGAAUUGUUACACUCAAGUGAUGUAUAGUCUCUGAAAAGAAAUUCGCGAACUAAUGUUAAUAACUCAUUCCAGAGGCUUCAGCUUAGAUAUUUCCAUGUCAAUAACACGUGAAAUUGUCUUCGGCCUACCGUUUACUGUUUAUUUUCACCAAUAUGAUUCCGUGUUGAGCUGCUUUCAAAAGGUGCUUGAGAUAACGCCUGCGUGUCCAAGCCACUAUUCCACUGUCGGUCUGCGUGCCAAUGUUUAUUAUAUACGUUAGCGUUGCGCUAGUUCAAUACAAAAUAAGAUACGAAUUUCAGUUUAGCCUUAGUGAAACUCUAAGCUUCUCUAGGAACUCUAUAAUUAAUAUUAUUAAGCAAAUGAUACUUUUUCUUGUAGUUCAUCCAUAUGUGGCUUUGUAGCGUUUUGAUCGAAAUUCUUCAUAGCUCACUGUCGUGUAAAUAUUUUUUUUCGCACGAAUGGCCGUCACAUGGUGCCAUCACUUUAUCUAGCGUUCGUAGACCUCAUUAAUAUACAUAGAUGACGUGGUUCGUUCUCAGGGCACUUCGCUUCGCCAUGUACGAAUGAACGAAUAUGCAUGUUAUGGGAUAGAGGCUAUUCUGGUGCGCUAUCCGAAUGACCAACUGAAAUUCCUUAAUAUAGGUUGACCAGAUCUGUGCUAGUCCAUCAUUGAAAGACAACAGUUAACGUUGUAUAAUCUGUUAAGCGCGGUCAGGCUAAAUUACGUUUGAUUUAAUAACUUGAGCUCUGCAUCUCGCAGCAAAUUAUCUGAAAACGUUUCUGAAGACGUAGGAAUUUCCCAUUACGUUACUAGUCACUUUAUUUUGUACAACUACGUGAGAACUACAUUAGUUCCUUGCAUGUGUCGAGUCAGAUGGGUCACAUGCAGAUUUGCAUACAUAUUGUGUUACAAUUUUGUAAAUAAUUCCUCCACACUAAAGAAAGAUCUUGAAUAAAGCUGUACAGCAGAUGCA